GUUCCUUGAACCAUUCGGCCGGAUGCGGACCACGUGUUCGACCCUGCAUUCGGCCGAACAUUUUCAAGAAGGGGGCGUAUUCUAAAAAUACAGCCACGGAUUAUAAACGCACAUCACUGCUCGGUUUAGUCACGCACGUCCCGUCAGACGAACGCAGGCCGCCCGCGCGCCAAAAUUCGAAUUUCGAAUUUCGAAAAAUAUCAGUGUUAUAGACGCCAUUGUGAUUUAGUGAAGUGAUUGUGAUUACGAAUUUGAAUUUGGAACGUAUGCCAUUCAUAUGAACACAUCACAAAUGACCUCCAAACAAGUGCAGUCAAUAUGUACCAAAAACUGAAAUGGCGGCAACACACAAAGCGCGAGAAUCGGUAGGGCUGCGCGCGCGCAGGAUCUCCGUAAAUAAACAACGGAAAUGGAGCGGGCGGCCGGAUGUGCUGGUGCUGUUUGUACUGAUUGCCGGUUGUCAUGGACACCAGGAGCAGAGGUUCGCCAUGGAGCCACAGGAUCAGAGCGCGAUAAUCGGAUCAAGAGUGACGCUUCCGUGUCGAGUGGAGAACAAAGUUGGCGCGCUGCAGUGGACCAAGGACGACUUCGGGCUGGGCACGCAUCGGAACCUCAGCGGUUAUGACCGAUACUCCAUGAUCGGCAGCGAUGAGGAAGGAGAUUAUUCACUAGACAUAAAAGACUUGACGUUAGAAGAUGAUGGAAAAUACCAGUGCCAAGUCAGCUCAGGGUUAAACGGAGAACCAGCCAUCCGUUCCCGGUAUGCCCAGGUGACGGUGCUGGUCGCCCCCGAUCCUCCCAGGAUUAUACAGGGUGCGUUUAUAGACGCCACAGAGAACCAACCUAUCGAUAUAGAAUGCGAGUCGGUUGGCGGGAAACCGGCUGCCGAGAUAACUUGGUUGGAUGGCAACCAGCAAGUAAUAAAGAAACACGUGAAGAGCAAAGUGGAGUUGCUAGAGGAUGGACAGAGAUUCAAAACGAGAUCGGUGCUGCGGUUAACCCCACGCAAGGAGGACCACAAUCAGUCAAUAACCUGUCAGGCGCAGAACACAGCCGACCGGGCGCAUCGGAUGGCCACUGUGCAUAUUGAGGUAAAAUACGCGCCGAAAGUGAACCUGACGAUAAAGACCGGGCUGGUGAAGAAGCGGAUACCAGAAGGCUCGGAGUCGAGGAUACAAUGUGACGUAGAUGCAAACCCGCCUGCACAGGUGUACCGGUGGUACCUCAACAACAACCCAGUUAUAGGAGAUUAUGCUAAUGAAAUGAUUAUAUUCAACGUGACCAGGAAACACAACAAGGCUGAAGUUAAAUGUGAAGUUAGCAACAAUGUUGGUACCAGUGAGGCUAUUGUCACCUUAGAUGUUACUUAUCCCCCGAAGUUCAGAUCGCGACCAGAGAACGUAGAAGCUGAGAUGGGCUCCCGCGUGACCUUGAACUGCGAUGUGGACGGCGAGCCAGCGCCGGCAAUACGAUGGCUGCUCAGCGAGCCAGGUCGCAUCGGGGUUAAAGGGAAGAGUUCCAAGCUUGAGCUGCGGCACGUGGAUCGGGAGACGGCUGGACGGUACAUCUGCAAGGCCACCGUGGAAGGAUACCCUGAGAUCGAAAGCGAAGCCACUGUUUUUAUUAAAGACGCUCCUAAGAUACUGUCAAACAGAACUCAGUUCGGGUCAGAAGGAGAGAGUGCGCGGAUAGAGUGUCUCGCUCUGUCUGUGCCAAAACCUGAUGAUAUACGAUGGUUCUUCGAAGGAAGGAAGAUCAGCGCUAUCGAUGAUCCAGAUUACGCGACGUUAGAAGAAUCGUUCCCGGACGGUACAGUCAAAUCUAGUUUAGUGAUCAGAGCAAGCCAGUCGAAACACUACGGAUUGUACAAUUGCAGCGUCACAAACGAAUACGGCAACGCAAACGCUGGCAUCAUGUUGAAACCACUUAAAACCCUGCCCCUCUACAUAAUCCUCAUCGGGUCUUCAGGCAUCAUCAUCUUCUCCGCCUUCAUCAUUCUUCUGGUCCUCUGCCAUAGAAGAAGACGGAAGAAGAGUAAACACAUAAACGAGAAGCCAGACGUAACUGUCACUACCGGAGACAUGUAUAAAGAGAGUGAUAGAAGUUCUAACAUCAGUGAUUUGAAGUUACAGUUACCGCAAAGCGAUGGUAGCUAUGAGUUGGAUUACACGAGCUCCGAUAGAUCGGACAGCAAGUUGCAAGCAGGGCUGCCGUUGGCCGGACCCGUGCCCCUGCCGGCGAUCCGACACGACGAAUUCAGCUACAGCAAUGAUUACUCCGAUCCGGCGUACAAUGAGCCUUAUUAUAAGGCGCCUUCGGGGUAUGUCUAUGACUACCCGCACGGGUACGCGCCUCCUCCUCACCUGCGAGUGCAGUCGCCCGACGUGCCGGCGAGCAGGUCCCUUCAAGGCUCCCUAACCAGGAGCAUCGAUACGGCGUCAACGCUCCCUCUAUCGGCGGGCAACGAGUCGCAAAACAACACUUUACAACGAACGAAGUCUCCCGAGGAGACUGACGCGAUCAACAACUUGGGGUUGCCAGUUGGUGAAGGCCCACCAGCGCCUAUCUACGCUCAGCCGAACGCGAAGGUUCAGCAUGGAGUGGACUUGAGAUACGCUGCAACAUACGGCAACCCUUAUUUGAGGAACAGCACAACUGGUUAUGGAAACCAAGUGCACACAGCGAAGCCCGCUGCCACUCCAGCACCUCCGCCAUAUUCGGCAGUUAGAAGCUCAGUGGUAAUGCCGACAGGUAAUGGCAACCAACCGUCGCAAGCCACCCACGUGUAGGCAGCGUUAUAUCUUGUAUAAUAUGGACAGUAAAUAAUAUUUUCUAGCUUCAAAGUGUACUAAAAAUUUCGCCUAUUACGUAAUGAACUUUGUAAUGUACACUUUGAGGUGUUUGUAAUAUAUGUUCCUAAUUAUACAUAAAAUUUGACUGAAAUGUAAAUAGCGACUUUUAGCAUAAGUCUGAAGAUUCAAAAUGCACGAUUUAAUUUAUUGGUUAUUAAAAAUGAAUAAAAUAAUUUCGUGAUUCGAAAUUUGAAAUUAUUAAUUCAUUGAAUUCUUGCGCUGUUCGUGUUGAUAUAAUCAAAAUGUUUCAUUUUUAAAUUUGGAAUGAAUAUCAUAAAAAUACAAUGUAAUAAAAUUACGCCAGUUUUUUCGAUUAAUUUAAUUGGAGCGCGUGAUUCAUUGUUUCAAUUUCAUUAAGAAUGCUCAUAAAUGUAUGUUUUUUUUAAAUUAAAUGUAAAUAGUUACCUUGUAUUCGCUUCUUUCGAUUGAAUGCAAUCAAUCAGUUUGCAUUGUUUUGCUUUUGCUGAUUUAUGUUUUAAUUUUCAUUUAUUACGCAAAGUUCACAGCAGGUUGCUCAACGUAUUUUUGAUGUUAAAUUCCAUUUAAUUUAUAGUGUAAGUGUAAUACAGACUGAGAGAAAAUAUUUUAUAAAUUUUAUAUAAACCCGCCGUGGUAAUUCAUCUUUGUCUUAAAGCCGUUAACAAAAUGGUGUCUAGCAACUUAGUAACUUGCAGAGCUCAGGCGUGCGGUCGAUAUUUUGUUAGAAUUUUAGCAUCAUAAGAUUAUUAUUGACAUAUAUGGUACUUUCAAAAUCAUUACGUUUUAUGUUCCACAUUGUUCAGUUUUAUGACAACGCUAUGAAUAUUUCUUGGUACAAAAUAAAUCGACCUUGUGCCUGAGUUUGUAGUGAAAUGAUACGAUAGAUACAUAAUUACUGUGAUAAUUGUAUAGAAGGGGAUAUAAUGCAUUUUGUAAUAAAAUGAUUUUAUAUCAUAAACUUAUGCAAUAGUUUUUAGUGAAGCGUGUCAUAUUUCUCAUUUAAUUCGGGGAAGUUUGAAUUAAAUUAAAAAUGUUUUUGCGCAUAAAUUAAAUUAAAAUGUGAAUUCAAAUUUCCUCAUCGUAAUUUUAAUAAUGGGCAUUGCGAAUAAUUUACGUUGUUUGAAAAAUUUAAUGGAAAAUCGAUAAAAAUAUUGCAUGUUACCAGUGUUUCGUAUUUGCAUGCGCAUAUUGUCAUUUUCAGUUAUAAUGCUCGCAGGAUUAAAUUUUAUUAAAAAA